AAAGGAACCCUUAUAAACCAAACGGCCGAAAGAGAUUUCAAAAUCGAUUUGCUUCUUCCUGAAAUUCCCUUGCGAUUUGCGAUUUGACGAUCGGCGAUUUGGAUUCCGUUUCCAGUUCUUUCUCCAAUUCGAUUUCGAAGGUUGAUUUCCUGUUUUCAGGGAAAGACUCUAGCUAUUAUGGGUAAGAGGAAAUCUAGUGCAAAGCCUCCUCCUAGGAAGAGAAUGGACAAACUCGACACCGUUUUUAGUUGCCCUUUCUGCAACCACGGAACUGGUGUUGAAUGCCGAAUUGAUAUGAAGAACUUGAUUGGAGAGGCUUCAUGCAGGAUUUGUCAAGAGAGCUUUAGCACUUCAAUAACAGCCUUAUCCGAGGCAAUCGAUAUAUACAGUGAAUGGAUAGAUGAAUGUGAGAAGGUGAACAACCAGGAAGGUGAAGAUGAUGGUGCUUAUAAGGAUGAUUCGGAAUAAAAUAAAAUCUCUAUAUUUCUCAAUUACAAGCUUGCUAGCUAAUAUGUAUGUAUUGAAAUAAUUUGACUUCUUGAGGAUGUUGAUGAUAAUAAUAAUAACAAUGUUUCUUUUUUCCACAA